UUCAGGUUACGCGCUUUAUUGCGACAAUUACAACACGGUGAAAUUUCCGCCGAUUUAUUAAGCAAGAAUCUUAUGUUUGCUGUUAAAGUACUUGAAACUGUUUAUAUUGACGAAACUAAGGAGCCGAGGAAGAAGGAGGAAGAACUAAAAGGAGACAGAGAGAAAGAAAAGAAUAAAGAGCAGCCGACCAACCAACCACGAGUGCAGCGGCGGCUGAGGACACCGGUCUGGGCCUCAAGGAGGCUGGCAGAUGAUGACGAUGAGCUGUCAGAAGUUCAGCCAGAUGCAGUUCCUCCUGAAGUUAGGGAAUGGCUGACAGCGACUUUCACUCGUCAGGUUGGACCUACUAAGAGGCGUAGUGAAGAAAAACCAAAGUUCAAGUCUGUUGCUCAUGCUAUUCGGGCAGGUAUAUUCGUCGACAGAAUCUACCGCAGGGUCACCAGCUCAGCUCUUAUGCAGUUUCCACCUAAUGUUGUCAAAGUUCUUAAGACAUUGGAUGAAUGGAGUUUUGAUGUAUUUGGACUAAAUGAUGCAACAAAUCGUCAGCCAAUUAAAUACCUUAGCUACGAUCUACUAAACAGAUACGGACUUUUCCAUAAGUUUAAGAUGGUACCAACAACUUUAGAGAAUUUUUUAACCAAAGUUGAAGAAGGUUAUUGUAAAUUUCGUAAUCCAUACCACAAUAAUUUACAUGCCACUGAUGUAGCGCAGACUGUACACUACAUGCUCUGUCAGACUGGUUUAAUGAAUUGGUUAACAGAUCUUGAAAUCUUUGCUACACUACUAGCAGCAUUAAUACAUGAUUUUGAACACACCGGUACAACAAACAAUUUCCAUGUUAUGUCUGGUACUGAAACAGCCUUAUUGUACAAUGACCGGGCAGUAUUAGAAAAUCACCACAUAAGUGCUGCUUUCAGGUUAUUAAAAGAGGAGGACUGUAAUAUACUUCAGAGCUUUUCUUCAGAAGAAUACAGAGAAUUCCGAUCCCUAGUGAUAGAUAUGGUAUUAGCAACUGACAUGAGUUUUCAUUUUCAACAGUUGAAAAAUAUGAAAAGUAUAUUAUCACUUGGUGAAAAUAAUGUGGAUAAGUCAAAAGUAUUGUCACUUGUUCUUCAUUGCUGUGAUAUUUCACAUCCUGCUAAAAGAUGGGAUCUUCAUCACAGGUGGACAACAAGGCUACUCGAAGAAUUCUUCAGACAAGGGGAUAUGGAAAGAGAGCUAGGCCUACCUUUCAGUCCGUUGUGUGACCGAAACAAUACUAUGAUUGCAGAAUCCCAGAUAGGUUUCAUAGAUUUUAUCGUUGAACCCAGUAUGGCAGUUUGUGCUGACAUGCUGGAAUUAAUUUUAACUCCACCACCACCUGCAACAUCCACAAACACUCAGCCUCUACAAGGAGCUACCGAAACUGGUAAUAAUGUUCCUGGGCCUAGUAAACCAGAGAAUAAGAUGACAAUUAAAAAACCUUGGGUUAACUGUCUUGUAGAGAAUAAGAGAAUAUGGAAAGAAAAAGCCCUUCAUGAAACAGCUAUUAAGAAGAAAAAAGAAAAAGAAGAAGAAUGUGAAGACCAGACUACUACAAAUCCGAAAAAAGAAGAAGAAAGUAAUGAAAAAGUAACUUAA